CCUCCGAGACUGUGACAGAUGGCCUUGUAAUCUCAGAGGCCGGAGCACGUGAUCUAAGUUGCAAGCGUUUGCCAUGAGAGGCGCUCGAUGCCUUUUCGCGAUGCCUUUUCGAUUGGAGGAUUGGUGGAAGAAAAGUAGGGAAACGGCAAAAGACGGAGACGUACAAAAGCACAGUUCGCAAUAGGGUAUCAGAAAAUUUGGACGUGGUAGUUCAUAGUGUUUUUUUUCUUUUUUCAUUGGUUAACCUAGGUAGGAUAUUAGGCAGCAUAGUAGCAAGAGCUUGGUGGCGCAAGCCACCGCCCCGUUCCAAAGGGGACGCUCAUAACAUCCAUCCAUCCAUCCUGAGGAGAGAAAAGGGAGAGAGUCCGGAACCGAGAUUACGGACGCGUAACGCGGCAGGCAUCUAAAGGAGGCAUUGCUCAUGCAUACCACAAUGCAGCAGCACCAGAUUUACCUCUAGGUAAUGUAGUGAGAAACUCUAUGCCGUCAUCCAUAGAGUUUUGAGAAACUCAGAGUUCUUCUAACUCUAUGGAGAAACUCUAUGCCGUCAUCAUCAUGUCUAAUAUGUAAUAUAUGUAAUUUAAUGUACACUCGAAGCCAGUCCUAUCCAGAAAGCGGCCAGUUACCUAGUCACGUGCUUGAUCUAGUUUGUUUCAAUGAACGGUUUCGCUUCGAACCUCCAAGUGGGCCCAACAGCAUUAGCCGACAUAUUAGAGCACAGCUUGCGUUACUGCUCGACGAUAACUCUCUACGCAAGGACGUAAUGCGUCUCUUACAAGUGCAUGUGUAUAACAAGGAUGCGGGGACGAAUUAUUGAGCUCCCGCGGGCAACAUGCGUGCUCGGCAGGCGCUUCGCUUCAAGUGCGAAGAGGACAUACUACGACGUACUCGAGGUUAGUCCGAGCGCCAAGCAGAACGAAAUCAAAGCGGCAUACUACAGGCUUUCCAUGAGAUACCACCCAGAUAAAAACAAGGGAGAUAGGUCGUCUAGCGAGCGCUUCCAGGAAAUCUCCACUGCGUACGACACGCUCUCAAACGAGUCUCUGCGGGCGCAGUACGACGAGAAGAUUGGCUCCCCCGGCAUGGUGACCACUCGUCACGUAAAGAAACCGACGACUACGAGACGCGCAGCGCCGAUGGAAGGCCGAUCGCAGAUAUACAACUUCGACGAAUUCUACAGGCAGCACUACGGGGACGCCGUCAAGUCGUACCAGUUCCGCAAGAAGAAGUAUGAAGAAUUUAUGCGAGAGGAAGAGACGCAUAUUAGGCGAGAGAAAGACGUCGGUGUAUCUAUGGCACUGAUUGCAGUUCUCGCCCUUGCAAUGUAUGCUUUCCACACGUGGGAGAAGUCGCACGACAAGCCUACGCCACCCGAGAAGCGAGAACGAAAAACGUAGAUG